AUGGCUAUGGUCAUGAGUCUGGGAGCAGAAACACCAGUAGUGAUCUUCAGCAAAACAUCUUGCUGCAUGUCCCACAGCAUCAUAAAACUAAUCCAAACAUUCGGGGCAAAUCCAAGAGUCCACGAGCUCGAUGAGCAUCCAAAUGGGCAGCAGCUGGAGAGGGAACUCAAGGCAUUAGGCCGUAAAAAAUGCACUCCAGCUGUGUUCAUAGGAAAGGAACUAAUCGGCGGAGCUAAUGAAGUCAUGACACUCCAUGUAGAAGGCAAACUAGUCCCACUUCUGUUGAACGCCAACGCGAUAUGGCUGUAG